CUGCGGUAUAAACCACGCUGGCUGCGCCCGCGCACUCAGUUCAUAAUCUGUCUGUCGAGCGAUAGCUUUGUCGUAUUGUUGUUUGACGUAAACAACGUUGGUCGCGUAAAUAAAUAUGUGUUAUAACUAAUUUAUAUGCGUGUUGAAGUGAAAGUGCCAUAGUUUUGAAUUUUGGAUGAAAAAAUAUAUAUUAUAGCGAUAAAAGAUGGCGGCAAAGUAUUGUAUUCUGCUUGUCGCGCUGACAGUACUUUCAGUCAGUGCUGCACCAAGUGAAGAAAAGAAACCAGAAGAAUUAGUUAAUAUCGAACAAACAAAUGAAAACCCAAAUAGUAAAGCUUUACCCUUCAUAGACGAAAAAGAUACCCAGCAAAACCAACGGCAGAAAAGAUGGUACAACUUUUAUGGUUUUUCAUCAUUAAACCCAACAUUAUAUCCAAGUUAUGGAAAAAGAGAUGACUCUUUCAACUCUGGGUACGGCUCCGAGGAUCCUCUCGUAGAAAUUCACAGGAGAUUGCAAGUGCUGAGCGAUGUAGUUAGGCAGCCGGCACCAUCAUUGCCCUCGUUUGCUCCAAAUCAUUUCCCAUUUUAUCUUCCUGUUUUCUAUAUACCACAAGUAGGAUGCGAUUGCUCUACUACACAAGAUGAAAAUAUACCAACUAAUACUCCUGACAAUAAAAACAAUACAUCACCAAAUAUAGAAAACAGAUUCCCAGAGAUGGACGAUGAGAGACAAAAUUGGGGAGUUGUUAACGAAACUGGACAAGCUACUGAUAACCAAGAAGAAGAUGAUGAUGAUGGUGCAAGGCCUAUAUCUUUUGAGCCUAUUAAACCUGAUAGGCCAAUGGAUAGACCAGCCCCACCUGUUGAACAUGGUAGUAGUCAAGGCACUGUAAACGAUUCAGUCACGACAACAACUAGACCGUUUGAGAAUCCGACUACGCUAAAUCCAGUACAGAAUCCAUCAACUGUGAAUCCUUUUCCAGAAGCCCCUAGUGCAUGUGAUGGUGCAGUGUUAUCUUGCUGUCAUCAACUUCAGGUGACUUAUGAUUGUUUUGCUUUACAAGGGUGCCCCGAUCCAACGGCUUAUGGAAAUCCUUGUGAUUCCAACGUCAUACUCAGAGUGAUCGAUAGAUUCCAGAGGUUCUAUGGACAAAGAACUGGAUAAAUUGUAGAAUUAAGAUAGUGAAAUUACAUAUACGAGAUUAAUAACUAUCAUAGCUGCCAGAAUUUAAUUUAUUUGUGUUGUAUUAUUGUUUAAAUGCCUCGCUUUCGUAAUUUUAAACUUAUAUAUUUAUAUUAUUUAUAAAUGUACAUAUAAUUACUGUAUUACUAAAUAGUGAAGUAAAUUACAAUAAAAAGAAAACAAUUAUCUACAAUGUAUUACAAGUAUAAUUAAUAAAGCAACCUCUUAUUUUGCAUCCCACAACUUGUUAGGUUCAGAAGGAGGGACUGAUUUCAAGAUUUGGUAAAAAGGUUAGUUAUAAUGAUGCGUUAGGAAAUAUUAAGGAAGCAUUACUAUAGCUAUAAAGAAUAUUUUAAUUUCACGUUUUUGAUGUUAUUGUAUUUGUGUAUUAUCGCAUAGGAUUUGUACUGUCUUCUAUAAAUACGGAGUUUUAUAACUCCUACUUAUAUGAAAGAAAAUAAAUAUAAUUUAAAAACCAUUCUAGAAUAAUCUUCACUAUUAAUUACAUAAAGAUCAUUUGGGAUCAUGAAUAAAUUGUUUUGUUGUGUGCAUGUGUGUUAAGUAGCCAGUCCAGGCUAUUUCAUAAAAAAGAACAUCUUAUAUAAUAUUAAUUAAUAUUUUUCCUGUUAUAAAUUUAAGAUUGUAUUAAGUAAAUAUUUAUUUAUUUAUUAUUUUGCAAACGAAAAAAUAUUUAUACAGAGCAGACUUAAUACCUGUUUAAGGUAAAACACCGCAGUGGAAGCGUUUUAUAAGGGAAAGAUUCUGUCUGUCGAGGAGGACUAACCUGGCAUCGGCUUCGUGAGUUUUUCUGCUGUAGGUAAUCGGUUAUUCCUCAACUCCUAUAUGCACGCACACACAAAUUUUUACAGGUUCUUAUGGGCACAUACAGUUUAAAACACACAAAUUACAUUUGUUUUAUAGGAGCAAGCGUCCGUAUAAACGCCUCAAUUCUGUCUUUUUUAUUCGUUAAAUAAAGUGGGAGAAAAAUAAUAAUGACGGACUCCAAUAUUGUAAACAAUCUCUGUUUUAUUACAAAGGGAUUAAGGCUUUAUUUUGAACAAUACCAUUAGGCAUUCUAUAUAGUAUAUAAUUACAUAAAUAUGCAAGUAAGGGUCCUAUAGAUGUACAUAGUGUUAUAUAUAUUAUAAUUUAAUAAGAAGUUACCGUCCUACAAAAAAAAUUACAACAGGCCUUUAUAUAAUUUUGCUAAGUGUUACCUAUUUAGAAAUAAUAUUUUAGUGUAUCUUGUUUAAUUAAUUCUUGUAUUAUUAGUUUAUAAAAUAAAUAAGGAUCGGUGAUCUCGUACUGCGAAAAAGAACAAAUCAUAGUGGCCUACUAUACUUUAAGCUGAUAAAUUGAUCGAAAAUUAUUCAAUUACUCAGCUUUUCUAGAUAAAGUACAUGCAUUUCUUGUAUCCACGUUUUUUGUAGCAGUACCUGGAUUUUAUGAAAUUGACAUACAUUUUAAGAAAUUGAUAUCUGUUACAAAGAUGGAGAAUAUUAUGCUUAAUACAUAUAACAUAAAAAUAAAAGUGUUAUGACAUCAAUAACAGAAUACAUUUAUUGCCUCAUACAAUUAUUUCUACAUUAAUAAUAAAUUAAUGACUUCAUCUAUCGCACUGCGCCAUAUUAAAACUAAACACCAGAUAUUACUUUGAGAUAUUUGGACACUUUUUGAUAGUAAUACUAUUAUCAUAGUAUGAUAAAAAACGCCAAAACAAUGUUUUCGUUUCCAUUUCUUUUUAAGGUAAAUUUCACUGUGAUUUCAAAUUAAAAUUAUAUUAUAAAUAAAAGAUGUAAAUUCAUUCAUUACGUGUAGUAACACAUGUUGAUAAGAAAAAUGAAAAUGACUUUUUAAGAGACAACACAAGAUAAAAUUUCAAAUAUAGGUGUACAUAUACCUGUUAAAUUUUUUUCUAUAGUUUGUUGUUUGUAUAAUGAUUAGCUGUAUAAUUUACUUGCCUUUUCGUGACCUUGGCUAAAGAAUAAUCAUAAUUAUUUAUUGUUGUAAAGUUCAAACAAAAGGCCAUGAGAUGUUCUUGUCACGAAUUGAUGUACUCAAUUGUAUUUCGACUAGACUAGAAUAGAACGUUGGCUAGAUAACUAUAGUUUUAUGUAGAACAGAAUGCAUCUGUCUAUAAAUAUAAAUAGAGAUCUAUUUUCAGAAAUUCUAGAUGGUUGUUAUCUCUGUGUGCGAUAAUUUUUACAACUCAGUUCUAAGUUACCUGGAGGCUACAUACGUAGUAGGUACUUUAUAAAAUAGAUUAAAAGUCUAUGGCUAGUCUAGUGUAUUUAAUAUCUAUGUAAUUAAUUUUCUUGGGUUGUAAACAUAAAUAUAUUUGAAAUCAAUUCAUAUCAUUAUAUUUAUAGAUAUGUAUAAUGCAGAUUUUUAGAUGCAUUAAAAUUAUUCUGUUAUUUCUUAAAUGUAUUAGUACAAUCUAUCAAUAAAAUAUUAUAUUAUACUGUAAUAUACAUAUAUUUAUUCAUAGUUCGUAGAACCGACAAUCGAUGGGAAAGACAGUUUCUUGAGAAACGUCCCAAUACAGGCAAAUACAGUGUAGGAUGACCCUCCCCCCCCACUAGAUGGAGUGAAAACCUCAAAUACAUUCCAGGGAGUCAUUAGAUAUAAAUGGUUUAGGACCAUUCCAUUAUAGCAGUCUAUAAGGAAUACCUACUUCAGUUAUGGACAGAUAACGUUUGAUAUGAUAAUGACAUAUUUAUUUGUCAAUUACUAAUAAUGAAUAUCAAUAAUGUUUUUUUUUUAUUUGAGAAAAUAAAAAAAAUAAAUUAAAUUAAUGUUGUAAUUAAAUUAAUUAUCAAUAAUUAUUUUAAUUAUAAAAUAUCAAACAUAAACCAUGAUUUUAUAAUAAAUUUAUUUAUAUGUAUGAAGUCACUUUAAGCAUAACUUAAGGCUGAAAUCUCAGAGCAACUUGAGACAAUAAUAUUACAACUCUUAGUUUUCAAUACUUAAUUAUAAUGCUUAGUUGCUACAAGUUUAUUUUUUACUGUACACGAAUAUAGUGAUAAGAGCAUUUAAUUUUUUAACGCGAGCCGAACUUAUCUCUAAAAAGAGAUUUUUACCAGAAAACCUUUUCAUGUGAAUUAAAAUGUUAUAUAAAAAUAAAAAUAGUAACAUGUUUAUUUCUGAUGUAAAAAUUAUUAUUGAAUUUUUCUUUAUAUAAUUUGGAGUAGUAAAGAAACUGACGACUCAGCUUAUGGGAAGAAGCAGUAAUUCUUGAGUAGGCACCCUGUACGUGUAAAAGCAAUGUAAAACAGCCCCCUAUUUGAUGGAGUGACGACCUCAAAUACAUUACAGGGAGUCAGUGGAUGCAGGUGGCUCAGGAACGUUCUUUAGUUUAUGAAGGAGGCCUAUCUUUAGCAGUGGGCGGAUAAUGGCAGAUGUGAUGAUGAUGAUGAUGAUAAACGUAUUAAGAUUGGGUUUUAUUUCCCAAGAAGUCGGAAGUCCAUAUUAUUGGUUAGUUGUUUAUAAUUAUUUUGUUUAAUUUAACUUCGUCAAUAUUUAAGGAUUGACUGAUCGGCGCCAAAGACUGUCUCUGUCUGUAAUUCGUAGCUUGAACAGUCAACACUAGGUUCUCAGCAGCGUUCGAUUAAUUGCCUAGUGAUGCUUCGUAUAGAGAUGAAACACGUGUCGCAAUAUGUGUGUAGAUUAAAUAACGGUCGGAGAUUAACGACUAACAGGGAAGGUCGUACAGCCUCUACUAAUUGUAAUAGUAAUCAAUCCUCAAAUGUUGGCAGUCGCAUGGUUGGCACUAAUGGUUGCGAAAUUAAACAAAAUAAUUCAAAUUAACUAACCAGUAGCGUGUUAAGCUUCCAUACACAAUUAUACAGUAAAUCCAUUACUACAUACCACUUUUCAAUUUAUAGUGCUUAACAGCCUACAAAUUUAGCUAGAUUGUGAUAAAAACGCAAAUAAGAUAGAAGUCUAUGUAGAAACAAUGUCUUUUGUAUAAAAUCUCUUUCUAAUAUUUUACUACAGUAUUAUUAUAAGUAUAUUAACUACAAUAAAAGUUAAGUUAGUUACAAUAAAAGUACGUACAGUAAUAUUAUAUUAAAUCCAUUAAAAUUCAAUGAUAGGAUACCUUAGUAGUAAUAUAUAUGUAUGAGACAAGACAAUUUUCAGAAGUAGGAGGAAGAUGUACUUAAUUCGACCUGUCAAACUGAAUUCUCAACUUUUCAAAUUCAAUUCUCCCUAGGUGAAAUUAAUUGAGUGAAGUUUCCGUUCCCUCCAAGUCCUGUAUAUAAUCAUCUAAAAAUUUUCGCAUUGGGAAAACCCCUCUGAUCGAUUGUAUUUACAAAUAAACGGAUUGAUAACAAGAAAUGAUUGGACUACGUCAGAGAUUGGUAAAUCACCAGCGUGUGAUCAACGCUCCGUCUUGCAAUAAAGAGGUAAACACAGCGAAAUCAUGCAUUCGUAAACAUUACAGACUCUUAGAGAGUCGUGUGUUGUGUGCCAAGGUUUUACUCGUUGUACAAAAGGAAUUAAAAACGCAUUAUGGCCGACACAGCAACAAUUAUCUUAAUAACAGCGCUGUUUGCUCAAGCAAUUUGCGCACCACAAGCGGUAACAGAAAAAAGUCCUAGUACAUUCCAGAGCCCCGCGAAUUUAUCUAUCGAAGAAAUAACAUAUAUAAUCAAAGUGAGAAGCGGCAAUGUGAACGAUGCAUCGCCGCCUCGGUUCCUGACGCCUUGUGCUCGAGCCAUAUUGGGAUGCUGCAAUGGAUCAGUGAUAAAUGAAAAUUGCUCAGAGUCCCUCAAGUGUGGCGCUUUUUUCUUCGAUGCCAAUCCUUGUGAUGACAAAUUUAUUUCAGAGGCUUUACAAGCGGCUAGGGGAUUUUACGAACAGUUUAAUGUUAACGCAGUGGGAAAUUAAACAGAAAGUUUUAAAUGUGAUUUGUGAACGUUGACGUUAAUUUAUGUUAAAUAAUGUGAAUAAUAAAAAAUAAGCAAAGGUAUUCGAAAUGAAUAUCAGUGAUAUAAUUUAAUACUCAUAAUCGAUGAAAAAUGACUACAGGACGAUAUUAAAAUUCAUGAAUUAUUAAAUUUAUGAUUUAUAAAUAACAUUUAUAGUGCUAAAACGAACAUGUAAUAUAAAAAUAAUAACGUAUAGACUUAAAUAAUAAAAAAUAUUAUUAAUAAGUAAAUGUAAUUUACCAGAUUGUAAAAUAUUUAAAUAUUUUACGAUAAAAUUGUUAAUAGUUUCAAUUUAUGUUGUUCUAUUAAUUAAUAACAAAUGUUUAGACGAUCAAAUAGUCCUUAUGAGCUAUUAAUACUCAAUCAUGUCGAAACGGCUGAAUAGUUUGUAAAUGUAAUAGGUGGUGAGUACAAAGAUGAAUUAUGUUUCGGAAUAAAUAUACAUUACAUACAUGAUAAUAUAAUAAUAAAUUUUGAUCCACAAGACAAAAAAAAAAAACACCAACAUUAAUCAUAAUAAAAUUAGUUAUUCUGAUUUAAAAACCACUCUACUAAGUCGAUAUUGAUAAUUUCUAUAAGGUCAGGUCUGAAAGUAUCCUUUCAAAUAAAACAAUUUUCCAAAUCAGUUUAUAUACAAAUGAGUUAUGAGGUAACAAACAUAAAAAAAAUUAAUCGAAUUGAAAACCUAUUUUGAAGUCAGUUAAAAGACUCUUAUCACGAUCCUUGUUCGCACUAAUCUCCGAAACCGCUAUAUCGAUUUUAAUGACAUUUUGUAAAUGUAUAUUAUUUAUGAGAACUCCCGAUAUAGAGAUAGUUUGGUUUACCGUGACCUUCAAUGGAUUCGGUAAAUGAAGGUAAAGGGCAAAACAAGAUUUGUGGGGUCAGCUAGUUGUAUGUUUUAAGAGAUUACUGUUUUUUUUUUUUUUUAAAUAUGUUCUUCUCUCCAAUAAUCAAUAUAUGGUUUUAUUUCAAGUUAUUGUUGUGAUAUAUUGCACUCUAUUUCCUUAUUCGCAUUUUACAUCCUGGGAGUGAAAGGAGUGUUCACAUAAUUGUAUUUUUGUUCCCGUUAUAGGACUUAUUAACAUUUUUGCGCAACUGUACAAGAGUCCAAUGUUGAAUUUUGAAUACAAAAGAGGUGAAAUUAAAGAAUAAAAUCAUGACAAGUUUA